UUUCCGGGGUAGAGUUCACAAAAUAUUGAUGGCGGCCACAUGCUUGUGGCAGUGCGGUAGUGAAUGAAAUAGUUGAAAUACUGCUUAAGAGAUACAAAACCUGCAGUAUGAAAGACACACCGCUGUCUAACUGUGAGCGGGAUUUCUUGCUCAAAGCCAUCGAAGAGAAAAAGCGUCUGGAUGGACGGCAGACCUAUGACUACAGAAAGAUAAAGAUCACGUUUGGGACUGACUAUGGAUGCUGCUUUGUGGAUCUGGGGAAAACCAGGGUCAUGGCUCAGGUGUCAUGUGAGCUCGUGGCUCCUAAAGAGAAUCGACCAAAUGAGGGAAUCAUGUUCUUCAACAUAGAGCUGUCGCCCAUGGCCUCGCCAGCAUUUGAACAGGGCAGACAGUCUGAACUGUCAGUGAAGCUAAACAGACAGCUGGAGAGAUGCUUGAGGAACUCCAAGUGCAUUGAUACAGAGUCCCUGUGUGUGGUGUCUGGAGAAAAGGUGUGGCAGAUCAGAGUGGAUGUUCACAUGUUGAAUCAUGAUGGGAACCUGAUGGAUGCAGCCAGCAUUGCUGCUAUCACCGCUCUGUACCACUUCAGACGCCCAGAUGUUGGCAUCCAGGGAGAUGAAGUCACUGUGUACAGUCCAGAGGAGAGAGACCCUAUUCCUCUGAGUAUCUACCACAUGCCCAUCAGUGUCAGCUUCUCCUUCUUCCAGCAAGGGACCUAUCUGCUGGUGGACCCCUGUGAGCGGGAAGAGCGGGUGAUGGAUGGCUUGCUGAUGAUCGCCAUGAACAAACACAGAGAAAUCUGCUCCAUCCAGUCCAGCGGAGGCAUCAUGUUGCUUAAAGAGCAGGUUAUGAGAUGCAGUAAAAUAGCCAGCGUCAAAGUGUCUGAAAUCACAGAACUCAUCAACAAAGCCCUGGUGAAUGACAAGAAAGCCAGGAAGGCUGGUGGUAGGUGUGGUUUUGCAGAGUCUAUGCCUCAGGAGCGAAUCACAGCUCUGAAAAUGGACGAGACUCCAGUGGAGAUGACGGAUGUGACAGAAACAGCCAACGACAUCGUCCAGAAAGCCGAGGCCCCGCCUCAGACGGUGCCGUCCCCAGUGGUGCCCGUCCCAGGCGUGGGUCUGGUAGGGCAGGGGCUGCAGAACACCUGGGGACUGGAGGAAGACGAGGAUGAAGAGGAAGAGGAUGAUGAUGGUGAUGAGGAACAGGAGGAGGAAGUGGCAAAGAUGGAAGAGGAGCAACACGGAAAGGAGCAGAGUAGCGGAGGAGAUGUGGUUGAGAUAUCUGACAGUGAGGAGGAAGAAGUGAUCAUACUGCAACCGGAGACACCACACAGAGGGCCCAAAAAUGCUGGAUCCACUGUUGACCAGAAGGGGGCAGCAACAUCCAAGAAAAGACAGAAAAAAUGAAAGAAGCUCACUACAGCCAGAGACCUCGUAGACAAUCUGUUUAUCUGCAGCCGUGCCACACUUCAUGAUGAAGACUCCUGACCUGACUUAAUAUGAUUCCUACCUGCUAUAAGCUGAGAAUUGGGAUCACAUUGAUGUUGCUGAAGUGCUUCAAAGUAUUUGAUUCUUAUUGCAAGAACACAGAGUUUACUUCUUCAUUGUAGCCAUUUGGAUCAGUUUAUGGAUUCUGCUUAAAAAUAUACAGAAAAUGCUUUGAUGGGUGAUAUAUUUUAGCAGUGAAAGCAUGUAAAAGGUCACAUCUUUGGAUAAGUAUGAUUUAAAGACAACAUUCUCAACCACUGUUGAGUGUUUAUCAGACUUUCAUAUUUCAGUUAGGUUUGCAAAGUGGUAUAUUUUGUAAGAAAAAGUGCUGAUUGUGAAUUAAUCUGAAAAAGGUAAAUAAAAUAUUUUUUUGUACAUUA